GCCACCCAGGCGCCCCUCAGUAAGUAAGUAUUUAAAAUAAUGAUAAGGGGGCUUCAUAGAGGGGAUGACUAAGCUGAGUGAUGAAGCUUUCAGGAGGUUGGUCAGGUGGAAGGCAUGAUGGGACUUCAUUAGUUGUAGGGGUUCCCACUAGACAUGUGGGGAGGAAACCCUCUUCCGUUGGAGUUAGAGGAAAAGAGGUGAGGUUGAGGGACAGUAUCAACGUUUUGUGAAGUAGAGGCCAGGAUAAGGUCAGAAUUUGGGGCGGGUAGAAAGGAAGGUGCCAGAAUUUGCAGUGAAGAAGGGAGAAUGAUCAGGAGGUGACAGCUACUAGGUGAGGUGAAGCCCAGAACAAGAAGGUGGGAUGAUCUGAGCUGUGAAGGAACAGAGAUUUGUACACAUGACUGGAAGGGCAGGAUCUGGAAGACAAGUGAGGAGAGCCUAACCCCAUUUUCCACCCCAGGGCUAGUGUGGGAGGUGCUGGGGGCUUAUAGCAGGGAGACAGAGGAAGUGCUCUGUGCCAGGUUAAGGGUGAGGAGUUGAUUCUCCAUGAAGUAGACUUCCAAAAGGCACUGAGGGAAGGCUUGAGGGCAAGGGAAGCAGAGUCACAAGCCAGUCGCCUAAGCCGGCCCUCGCCCUUGCAACCAUCCUAUCAAACAUAGUAAAAUGUACCCACAGCCCAAGAUAAUAAUAGAGACUUUUUUUUUUUUUAACGUUUAUUCAUUUUUGAGACAGAGAGAGACAGAGCAUGAAUGGGGGAAGGUCAGAGAGAGAGGGAGACACAGAAUCUGAAACAGGCUCCAGGCUCUGAGCUGUCAGCACAGAGCCCGACGCGGGGCUCGAACUCACGGACUGCGAGAUCAUGACCUGAGCCGAAGUCGGACGCCCAACCGACUGUGCCACCCAGGCACCCCAAUAAUAGAGACUUUUUAUUGUACAUUUUUGGAAAGGUUUUUAUAAUAUUGCUUUAAAAAGAACUUAGCCAUGAAUAACAUUUAAUUUACAUUUGUCCAUGAUUUUUCUGCAAUUUUUGUAUAUAGCCCAUAAUUCUUGUGUACUGAGAAAAUCAGACCUACAAAUUAUGUUCAUGUGCCAUCAAUAUUUUCUGAAUACCAAAUUUAGCAAUGAAGGGAGUUGACAAAGAUGUACAUUUUGUAGCUAUUUAUUCAUUCACUUUGAUUUUAGAGCCGGAGAUUAACGGUUUAUUUUCACAGGCCUCAGAAAGUCUUAUAGGCCCUAAUUCCUGGGUCUCCAAAGCCUUUGUUUAAAAGCCCUGGCAUUGUUAGCUGAGUCUAUGGGAGAAUGAACAGAGCAUUAUAAAUCACAAGUUAGCUUCCUAUUCACGACUUAGAGUAAUCACAUGUAGAGCUAUUUGCUUCUGAACCACACGGACUUCUUUGCUUCUGUGUUUUCUCCUUCCUCCAUUAAGCUGUCAGCAAUCACUGCUAUCAGUCUGUCUCCAGUAAACUUCCUCUUUCAUAAUUGGCAAGUUCUAAUUUGUUCUGGUUGGGAAAACAGACACAUGUUUGUUAGAAUUAUUUUUAAAGUAAAAGCAAGCUCAGGGGGCAGGUCUGGGCCUCCUUGUGGAAUAAAGUUCACAGAUCUCGGUGCAUUGACUUUUGACUUUGUAACAGCUGUUUCAACUACUCAGGACUUAUUCUUCAGGGCUGAGGUUGCCAAAAGCCUAACACAAUUGAGGAGUUAGACUCUUAACACAGUGAGGGAAGUUACCACUGUAGAGGAAACAUUGGUAGAUAAAGAACAAUACUUGGGUCUUUCUUGAGCAUGUUUUAGCCAAGAGGAUAAAGCGUCUCAAUACCAUGUUUCAUCUUGAUGAUGGAAACUGCUCAUGCCUUGGCCAAAAGUAUGGGCACUUGUAUGUUCCAUCCUUGUUCUGAGUGUAUGUGAAUGAUCUCAUCAGCUCCAGUUCACCAGUCAGCUAAAAUUAUUUGGAUGAGCUACAGGAAGAUAAAUGUACAAAGCCACAUAUGUUUUCUUUUAAGUUUAUUCAUUUAUUUUGAGAGAGAGCGAGAGAGCGGGGAGGGGCAGAGAGAGGAGAGAGAGAAUCCCAAGCAGGCUCCGCACUGUCAGUGCAGAGCCCAACACGGGGCUCGAACUCGUAGAUUGUGAGAUCAUUGAUCUGAGCCAAAAUCCAGAGUCAGAUGCUUAACCAACUGAGUCACCCAGGUUCCCCAAAGCCAUGCAUGUUUUUAAACAGCUUUAUUGAAAUACAAAUCACAUACCAUAUAACUCACCCCUGUAAAGUGUUCAUUUCAGUGCUUUUUAGUAUAUUCAGACUUGUGCAACCAUCAGCACAAUCAAGUUUAGAAUAUUUUCAUCAGCCAUUAGCAGUCACUCUAGCCCCCAGCUGUCUAGCUUCCCAGCUUUAGAUAACUGCUACUCUGCCUUUCUAUCUCUAUAUAUUUGCCUAUUCCUGACAUAUAUGUUUUAGACUCUCCACCUGGUCUUGAGUUCUGAGUUUGGAAAUGCUGGUGUUGAAUGGUCCUACCUCCAAGGCAGAAUGCUUGGGGUAAAUCAGUUUCCUAUCACCUUCAGAAGUGUAGCAAUACUGACAACACAGAGGUUAGGCUUCUCUAAUGUUUAUCAAGCAUUCUGAAAAUUUCAAAUACUUAGCACAAAGGGGACAAUAGAUGAGAAUAGCUAGCGACAUCUCAGAGUGUCCUGUGCAAGGCUUCUCAGUCCUGCAUUCUCUUCUUAUUUAACGUGGCCUCUAACGCCAGAGAAAUUCAUAACUGAGAAAAGCUCAUGUUCUCUUGAUUGAAUUAGUAAAUGCACAAUCAAAACCCACAUGAUUCUAAACCUUUUUUGAACUCUACCUUUUAAAAGUCUCUACCCCUCCCCAUUAGCUUUUAAUCAGAAUUCCAGUUCUGUACAAGUAACAAUUUCCCUUCUGAGUUUCCUCUCCCCUUCCUUCCUGUAACUAAUUGCUGUUAGUAUAAUAAUGAGCAGUGUAUAAGCCAAAAUUCUGGAAGUAAAGGGGAGAAAAAAAGGACUUUCUCACAGGGAAAGUCCUCAGACUCUACACUCAAAGAUGGGGUUGAAUGCUGGCUCUGUUACUUGCUAACUGUAUGACCUUGAGUAAUUCGUUUCUGUGCCUCAGUUUCCUCUUCUUAAAAAUGGGAAUAAUAAAAACACCAAUGUCGUGGAGUUGUUCUGCUAAUUAAAUACAUCAGAGCAGUGAAAGUGCUUAGCACACCGGCUAGAAGAGCAAGAUCUCAGCCUUGGUUGGUGUUGUUAUUCUUCAUAUCAUGACCAGCAAGCCCGAGGGAGGCUCACUGGCCUUUUUGUAGAGAUCAGAAAAAUCAAGAAAGAGGUUAAAUAGCAAAGCAUUUCCACAUGCAUCAUCUCCUUCAAAGGCUAGAGGUCUUGCCCCUGUUUCACUCCACAGCAUUUAUGAUUAUGUGCAUAUCGUACCCAGAGGAGGUUUGGAAGCUAUCCAGGCAAUGUGAUGUGUGUAGACCCUAAAGAGAAGGAAGUUCAGGGGACUUUCCGUCUUGGCAGAAGAGGAGCUUGGAAUGAGGGUAGGAAGGAGGUCAUUGGGGUCAAUGCUGCCUUAUUCCUUGCUGUCUACAGAAUUCCAGGGAGGCAGAACAGUGUAAUGGCUAACAGGGCAGCCCCAGCACCAGGCUGCCUAGGCCGGAAGCCUGCCUGUCAUCUCUCCCUUAGCUGUGCAGCGGGCUGGUACCGGCACCCACUUCACUGAGCCACCGUGAGGAUUCAGCGAGAGAGCAUGUGCGGAGGACAUACGGAGCGGGCAUUGUUUCGUGAUUUAUGAUACAAGGCAGGCCUGCCUGGCCAUUGCUUCAGCCCGUUACUGACAGCUGUAACAGUGGAGCCAGCCUGGAACAAGAGCCGCAAACACCGGGUGUGAACGUCACCAUGGCAGUUCGGCGUGAAAAUUCCCGGGGCCAUCACAUUUAGGCUGUCAGGGGGAAAAGCAAAUUGUUCGUCUGGAAUUUGAGAAGGAAACUCCACUUGCCAACGCCGCAUUCUGGGCAGCAAGGAGAGGAAACCUGGCUCUGCUCAGGCUGUUGUUGAACAGCGGUCGGGUGGAUGUGGACUGCAGGGACAGUCAUGGCACCACGCUCCUCAUGGUGGCCUCCUAUGCAGGCCACAUAGACUGUGUGAGGGAACUGGUUCUGCAAGGAGCAGACAUCAAUCUCCAGAGAGAGUCAGGUACAACUGCCCUGUUCUUUGCUGCCCAGCAAGGACAUAAUGAUGUCGUGAGAUUUCUCUUUGAAUUUGGAGCAUCUACUGAAUGUAGGACCAAAGAUGGGGGCACUGCCCUGUUGGCCGCCAGUCAGUAUGGGCACAUGCAGGUGGUUGAGACCCUGCUGAAGCACGGAGCCAAUAUCCACGACCAACUUUACGAUGGAGCCACUGCACUCUUCCUAGCUGCCCAGGGUGGUUACUUGGAUGUUAUUCGGUUACUGUUGUCUUCAGGAGCAAAAGUCAACCAGCCAAGGCAGGACGGGACGGCGCCACUGUGGAUCGCAUCGCAGAUGGGCCAUAGCGAGGUGGUGAGGGUGAUGCUGCUGCGCGGAGCCGACCGGGACGCCGCCCGCAACGAUGGUACCACAGCAUUGCUAAAAGCAGCCAACAAAGGGUAUAACGAUGUUAUAAAGGAGUUGCUAAAAUUCUCACCCACCCUUGGCAUUCUGAAGAAUGGGACAUCGGCCCUCCACGCUGCGGUGCUCAGUGGGAAUAUUAAAACAGUUGCACUGCUCCUGGAAGCCGGAGCAGACCCAGCCCUGAGAAACAAGGCCAAUGAACUUCCGGCAGAACUAACCAAAAACGAACGUAUCCUGCGUCUCCUCCGAAGUAAAGAAGGACACAGGAAGAGCUAACUUAGUUCCAUAUUUGACUGAAAGAUAGAAACCGUAAUCACAUUGUCCGAAAAGAAGUCACUUUUCAAAUAGUGUUGGAAAUUCCAUUAAGAAAGGAAAUGCUCAGAAUGCCCUCCCUGGGUCCCUGACCAAGGAGAGCUGGGCUCUGUGCCCUGAGUCAAGAACAGAAAGGCUCAGGGACCCCUUGCCCUCACUUAUGUGGGCUUCUCACACUGGCCUGCGCCCCCACUGCUGUGGGGCCUGGCAGAUUCGUGGAUUCCACAGAAACUCGUUUUACACUACACUAAGUUGGGUCUCUCAGUUAAACUCUAAGACUUAAACCCUUGACAAGGUUUAAGCAAGAUGACAAAAGCCUUUAAAAUACUGAAAGUCUGAUCUUCAGUGAAUCAAAGCAUUCUUACUUUUGCAUUAAAUGUCAGUGUGCAAAAAGACACAGCUCCCUCAUGUUUUACACAUACACGUAUGUCAUGCCAGCGUAAAAUGUUUUCUUCUCCCCAAAGGUUGUAGCCACUUUUAUUCUGAAUCAAUGAAGUGUAAAUUCACAUUAAAAAGCCACUUCUGACAUUCCGCCGUGUGAUUUUCAAAGGUGGACUGUUGAACUAUAAAAAAGACAAAUUGUUGAUUUGUGAGUUGAUCCUCGUCUUAUUCCAAACACGUAAAAAAUCAUUUUUACCAAGAAUCCAUAUUGAGGUACGGUGGGAAGCAAGUGGCAAUUUGGGAAACGCAGAAAAUUACAAGCCAUGGGAAAUUGAGGCUUGUCUCUUUGAGCUUUUAUUUUGGUUCUCUCGUUGGGAACCCGCUUCCCAUGCCAUAACUAAGUAGACUUCCUAUGCUGUGCAAUCCUGAGCUCCCAGCACCACAUUGCUUGACAUAAUGACUUUGAGGUCCUUGGAUGAAAUGUGAUAUAUGCAAGUACAAUACGUUUCUAUUAUAUUGCAGGAGUAUAAGUAAUAAAAGACUGUUAUUAGUAUUUAAUAGGUGUUCAUCUAUGCAUGUUCUUGAGCUGAUUGAUUCCAAGAAAGAGACCUGAGUUUUAUUGAAUUAUUCCUUGGAGGGGAAUCAAAACUUAUGUACAGUGCACUUUAUAAUCAAUGGUGUCUAAAUGCCUCAGUCAGUGCCUAAUUGCACACGCUAAAAUUAAACCGUCUUUCCAUAAUAAACCGUCUUUACCAUAAUAAACACUGAUGGUAUUUCUGGUA